GUUACCACAAGCUCCCCAAGCCUUGUGCACUCAUGCAGAGCCUGCUUUGACAGCAGAUGUGAGGAGUUCUUAAUAGACAGAAAAACAAGGAUUUGUUCAGUGGUUACAAUGUCAGACACUCCUCUGCGCUCCAUUCCUGCAGAGAUCCAGCACCCCUACUCUAAGUUUUCUGACUGGAAGUUCAAACUCUUUCGGAUUAAAUCCUUUGAGAGCGCUCCUUUGGCCCAAGACAAAGAAAAACAGCCAGUAGAACAGACAGUAUCACAGUCUCCAGAAGAAGCUGAGAUGGCAGAUGAGGAACCUCCCUCCGCUAGUGUUAUGAAAGUUUGUUUAGGUGGGAAGUCGCUUGAUAACAACCGAGUGGACCUGAAGAUCAUGGAGAUUGAAAUGCACAUGAUGCACUUAAGACGUCUAUGUAGACUGUGUGGUGGUGCAUUGAAAAGAGACAGGACCAACCUGGAGCAUGAGGUCCAAGGUACUUUGGACGAGAUGAGCCGAGAGGCACUGAAAAAGAUGGGUUGUAAGGCCAGGGCCUGGCCAGAGGUCAUAUUGAAGGUUUUUAAGGUAGACGUGACUGGAGAUCUGGAGACUGUCCACCCCAUAUUUUUCUGUCAUGGUUGCUGUAAGGUCGCUAUCAGAGGAGGUGGCUUCUGCUGCUUCUCUCGAACCCGAGUUCCCCAGUGGAUGCCUCACUCUGCACAGUGCAGAUUGUGCUUCCGGGUUGUGGGUUCUCUUAAAAGAAAGAUCAAGCCCCAGGCCGCUCAGCUAGCCAAGAGAGCUAAAGUGGACCUGAAGGAAAACAGACUUCAUCGAUCCAAUGCUCACAAUCAAGCAAAAUUCUGGCCCAAAUCUCAAAGUCAAAGGAGCUUCUGGGUUAAGAAGAUAACCCGCUGCAAGAAGGUUCACCUCAACUCCAAGCUCUUGGCAGUCGACUAUCCUGUUGACUUUGUGCGGUCUGUCUCCUGCCAGGUCUGUAAUCAUUUGCUGGCCGACCCUGUCCAGUCCUCUUGCAAGCAUCUCUUUUGCAGGACCUGUAUCCUGAAGUACAUCUGGGCUCUGGGAACGCACUGCCCUGCUUGUAGGGAACCCUGCAUCCCGUCAGAUUUGGUGACCCCAGCCAAAGCUUUCGUGAAUGUUAUUUACUCACUGGUGAUCCGGUGUCCUUUCGAAGGCUGUAAGGAGCAGGUGAGGCUGGAAGACUAUGGAACCCACACUCUCAGUCAUCAAGAGGUCAAAGGCAGUGAAGUCUAUUCACCCAUCAAUAAGGGGGGGCGCCCGAGGCAGCACCUCCUCUCUCUAACCCGAAGGGCCCAGAAACACAGACUGAAGGAGCUAAAGCACCAAGUGAAGGUCUUUGCAGAUAAAGAGGAAGGAGGGGACAUCAAGUCUGUCUGCCUAACACUCUUCCUACUGGCCCUGAGAGCUGGCAACGAGCACAGACAGGCUGAUGAACUAGAGGCAAUCAUGCAAGGUAGAGGAUCCGGAUUGCACCCAGCUGUUUGUCUAGCCAUUCGGGUGAACACCUUCCUGAGCUGCAGUCAGUACCAUAAAAUGUACAGGACAGUAAAAGCAACCAGCGGAAGGCAGAUCUUUCAACCCUUGCAUGCCCUUCGUAAUGCAGAAAAGGUUUUGCUGCCAGGAUACCACCCGUUUGAGUGGCAGCCAGCCCUGAAGAAUGUCUCUAGCAGCACAGAUGUGGGGAUUAUUGAUGGGUUGUCAGGCUGGACAGUUUCUGUGGAGGACUCUCAAAUGGACACUAUUGCUCGCAGGUUCCGCUAUGAUGCUGCCUUGGUUUCAGCCUUAAAAGACCUAGAGGAGGACAUCCUGGAAGGCAUUAAUGAGCAAGGACUGGACGAAUUCUCCACAGAGGUCUUCUCAGUGGUGAUCAAGGAAUCAUGUGAUGGAAUGGGCGAUGUGAGUGAGAAACACGGAGGUGGACCAUCGCUCCCAGAGAAAGCUAUCCGCUUCUCCUUCACCAUCAUGUCUAUUGCCACCAAGAACGAAGAUGGAGAAAACAUAAAUGUCUUCCAGGAACACAAGCCAAACUCAGAGCUCUGCUGCAAACCCAUGUGUUUGAUGUUUGCAGAUGAAUCUGACCAUGAGACACUGACAGCUAUUCUGGGUCCAGUGCUGGCCGAACGGGAAGCCAUGAAAGAGAGUCGCCUGAUCCUGGAGAUUGGUGGCCUGUCUAGGUCUUUUCGAUUUAUCUUUAGGGGCACAGGGUAUGACGAGAAGCUGGUGAGGGAUGUUGAAGGAUUGGAGGCCUCAGGGUCAACCUAUAUCUGUACCCUUUGUGAUGCCACCAGAGCCGAAGCUGCCCAGAAUAUGGUUCUUCACUCUGUCACCAGGAACCAUGAGGAAAACCUAGAUCGCUAUGAGAUAUGGCGGUCCAAUCCCUACUCAGAGUCAGUGGAUGAACUCCGUGACAGAGUGAAGGGAGUUUCAGCUAAGCCCUUUAUGGAAACCCAGCCUUCCAUUGAUGCCCUGCACUGUGACAUUGGCAAUGCCACAGAGUUCUACAAAAUAUUCCAGGAUGAAAUAGGGGAAGUCUACCAGAAUUACAACCCUACCCACGAGGAGAGGAAAAGGUGGCAAUCUGCCCUAGAUAAACAGCUGAGGAAGAAGAUGAACCUUAGACCUGUCAUGAGGAUGAAUGGCAAUUUUGCCCGCAAGUUGAUGACUAAGGAGACAGUAGAAGCUGUUUGUGAGCUUGUCCCAUCUCAAGAACGAAGAGAGGCCCUCAGGGAGCUUGUGCACCUGUACCUCCAAAUGAAGCCUGUCUGGCGUGCCAACUGCCCAGCCAAAGAGUGCCCAGACUUGCUCUGCCGUUACAGCUUCAACUCACAGCGCUUUGCAGAGCUCCUCUCCACUACCUUCAAGUACAGAUAUGAUGGAAAGAUCACCAACUACCUCCACAAGACCUUGGCCCAUGUGCCUGAGAUCAUUGAAAGGGAGGGUUCCAUAGGCGCCUGGGCCAGUGAGGGCAAUGAGUCCGGGAACAAGCUCUUCCGUCGGUUCCGGAAGAUGAACGCCAGGCAGUCCAAGUGCUAUGAGCUGGAGGACAUUCUCAAGCAUCACUGGCUUUAUACUUCCAAGUACCUCCAAAAGUUUAUGGAGGCACAUAAGAACUCAGCCAAAGCCUUAGAGGCCACAAUAAAUCCUGUAGAUACCCAGGAUGAUGCUAUUAAUCUGAUAGACUCCUUGGAGAUUUGA